AUGAAGAGGCAUUUUAAUAAUUUUUUUCAGCUUCAAAGCACAUCUGCUGAGCGUCAGGCAAUCCUCAAGCAACGUAAAGAGGUUCCGCAUUUGUGGAACCUCAACGAAGACCCGGCUCUGACCGAUGUUAUUGUUCAUUUCUUGCCGCCAGGAGAAGUAACGAUCGGGAACAAAACAGCUGUUCCGGCUCCAACGGUGCAAUUAAACGGACUUUCCAUACUACCACAACAUGCAGUUGUAGUUAAUUCGAAGAACAAAAAAGUGACCAUUACACCUUGUGGGGUGCUUUUUGGUGAACCACCUUUGUACGUUUCAACUAAUCCAACAAAAGGUGGUGCUCGAAAGGAUAUCACCUACGAAGAAGCGCAGAAGGAAAUUGCCCAAGGAGCCGGUAUCGGUAUCAUGAACGAAGACGGCAAAAGCAAAGCUGAUAUGAUUUUGGAAGAGGAGCUAAUUUCGAUGAUGCCGUUGGUCUAUCGAGCCAAUGCGAUGGCUGUCGAAUUGAAACGAAACGUGAAAUUCGAAUUAAUAUUGCUUUCACCGGAAAUGCGAGGACUUCAUGAAGGCUUAACUGAGGCGUUCAUGAAUCUGCUGAGGAUACCACGCUUUAUGUGGGAGAAAGCGAGAUUUCACCCCUGA